AUGUUCUGUGUGACUCAAAUCAUCUUGUGGACGGCUCUUUUCUUUGGAUCUGUCAACGCCAUUGAUGAUGUCGAAGCACAGAGCAGACGGAGACAGACACAGUCAAACAAAGCGCUCUUUCCUGUCGGGUUCAGGUAUGGAUGGACGACAUCCUCUUCAAGAUUCUCUGGUGUGCAGAACGUCCCGCUGACAGAUGACGCUCUCCGGGUCGAGCGUGUCUCAAGUGGCGAGUAUCUUCCUCACCGCACGACGCACAACACUGUCCAGGUCAAUGGGAAGACGGCUUGGGAGGCGUUUUACCCCAAAGGCAGUCGAAAUCCCUCGUCGUCGAUUCGCGGUGGUUUCGGGUUCUAUCUGUCUGGUCCAACGGGUUGGAACAUCACAAGGGCUAAGGAAGUCACGUUCAGUUAUGCCAUCAUGUUCGACAAGAACUUUGAGUGGCAAAAGGGAGGCAAGCUUCCGGGGCUCUUUGGAGGAAUCGGCGAGUACGCCUACGGAUGCACAGGAGGUCGACAAGAAGACCGUGACAGGUGCUUUGACCUUCGAUAUAUGUGGAGAAAAUCUGGCGACGGUGAACUCUACGCAUACCUUCCCCAGGACCACCCAAACACCGACUAUACGCUGCUCAGUGUUCCGCCUUACUCCGCAAGAAACUCAGACUACGGUUUCUCAAUUGGAAGGGGUGCCUGGACAUUCAAGGCUGGCGAAUGGAACACAAUGUCGGAACAUAUUAAACUGAACACUCCUGGAGCAGAAGACGGUGCCGUCCAAGUCUUUUGGAAUGGAAACGCUGUCAUCUCUGCCAAAGGUAUUGCUAUUAGGGAUUACGCGGCAGCCAACUUCACAGGAGUCCACUUUCAAACUUUCUUUGGUGGCUCAGAUGCAUCGUGGAACUCACCAAAAGAUCAACGUGUUUACUUUGCCGACAUUUCUGGCGCAUUCAUCAAUUAG